AAUACAGAGCUGUAGUUGUUUCACGGAUCCAUAGUGAGUUGAAGCGGCAGCGCCGGUUAGAUCCAGCCUUAAUACUCUGCAUCAGCUUGGACGAAAGAGAACUGAAAACACGGAUCAGCUGCACCGAGAAACCUGCACGCAAGAAGGACAUUUUUCUCCAGGACGCUGUAAAGCUUAUUUAUCGGGAAGCUUCUGUUGGUGAAUUGAGUUUAUGACACUGAAAGCUUUGUGAAGAAACUGGGCUACACAAGGAGAGCUAUUUUUCGGCGCAGUCACUCGGGAAUUUCGCAACUCAAAUCAAUGUCUUGCGGGAUACAGACUCUGGAGGAUAUCUUACGAUCUUGUUUGUUCUGACUUGUGGCUGGUGCUCACUUCUGAAAGACUCUAAAUGCCAGGAAUCAGCGCGAGCCCUUUUCCCUAUACAUGCUGGGACAUGGAGGAGCCGGAUCAGUACCAACACUACUUCUACGACGACCAUGAUGCAGAUGAAGACUUCUUUAAGUCCACUGCACCCAGUGAGGGCAUCUGGAAGAAGUUCGAGCUCGCACCCAGUGAGGACAUCUGGAAGAAGUUCGAGCUCGUGCCCACACCGCCCAUGUCUCCUGUAAGGAGGCUGGAUGAAACAUCUGUGUGUCCAUCACUGGGGGACAAACUCGAGUGGGUGUCCCACUUCCUGGGCCAGGACGAUGAGCAUGAGGCACAGUGCAACCUGAGCUCCAUAAUCAUACAGGACUGCAUGUGGAGCGGCUUUUCAGCCUCUCAGAGGCUCGAGAAGGCUGUCAGUGAGCACAUGUUGUGUCAGGGUGGGGCCAAGGUGCCUCUCGUCCCCCAGAUUCCCUCCUCGAGGUCACAGAGUGGUCAUGUGGAGUCGCUAUCUCUCAGCAGUCCGAUGGCGGACUGUGUGGAUCCGGCGGCUGUGUUGACCUUCCCACUGAGCGGCUGCAAGAAGCAGGUGUCCUCUGGCUCUGAGUCACACACUGAUUCAUCUGAUGAGGAGGAGAUUGACGUAGUGACGGUGGAACACAAGCAUGGCAAGUCCCGGCCAGUGAACUCGCGCAAGCCGGUCACCAUCACGGUGCGCGCCGACCCACACGACCCGGGCACAAAGCGCUUCCACAUCUCCAUCCACCAACAACAGCACAACUACGCCGCCCCGUCCCCCGAUUCAGAGCCCCCUCGCAAGAGGAUCCGCCAGGAGACCUCCCAGACUCGGCCAGGCCCCACAGUCCACACACUCGAGAGCAAACCGCACUCACCUGUUGCAUCCGUUUCCAUUCCAGCACACUCCAUGACCAUCUCACCGCCUCUUGCCUCAUCCCAUCAUGGCCCCAAAUCGCAGCCAGCCAGCCCUCAAAGCUCAGACAGCGAGGACAUGGACAGACGCAAGAACCACAACUUCCUGGAGAGGAAGAGACGCAACGACCUGCGUUCACGCUUCCUGGCCCUGAGAGAUGAGAUUCCUGGCCUCGUGGACUGUCCAAAGACGCCGAAGGUGGUGAUCCUGACCAAGGCGACUGAGUACCUGCGUCUGCUGCAUGUCACCGAUAAGCAAAAAGCCCAGGAGAAGAAGCAGCUCAAAAACAAGCAUCAACAGCUCCUUCGGAGGAUAGCAGAACUGAAACGCUCUUAAAGUUCCAGGCCAGUCGAAGGGACCUUGUGAGAGUGCUUGGUUAAAAGUGGGGAUUAUUUAAGAUUUAAGACGUCUGUACAUUUUGUUUUAUUCUCCAACAAUCUUUGCACAUUUGAUUCUGUAGUUAGGGGGAAGGAUACUCCUGGCGUGUUGUGGAUUACAUAAACUUCACUGAGUUUCCCAAAGAAUGCCCUGCUGAUAAAAUGAAAAGGGUCUACCCCCAAAUCUCUUUAUUAUUAAAACCAUCCUAAUCGGGGAUAGUCUAUAAAUUUGAAUUGCUUUGCCAUUUGGGCGUUGCUUGAAAUGUAGCAUUUAGCUUGUAUGCACGUUUGACCACCAUAAUAAAGGUGGAUUUGUGUGAAGAAAUCUUUUAUUAUCUGAUUUAAUAAGUCUUUGCCCUGCUGUGCUGUUACUAAUGUUCAAAAUGAUUUGAACAAUUUGAAAGUGAAGUUUGUGUGGCCCUUGCAAUACUCUAUCAGGAUUGGAGUUCAACGACAGGAAGUUGUUACUGGUUGCCGUUUGUCUAUAAAAAUCACAUAUAUGGUUUAUCAGUUUUCUAAAUGUUCUUGUACUGGUGCACAUCUGAGUCCAUGCCUUACCGACAUAUUUUGUAUAUAAACUGUGAGAUCUGUAACCAUUUGUACAUAAUAGCUCAGCUGUAUAGGUGUGUAAAGUAUAUUAUAUAUGCUUUCCAUUUUAAAUACCAAAAUCGAGGUUGUUGAUUUUAACUUUUUUGUUUUUAUAUAUUUUUCCUUCAUGUGUUCUGAAUCUUGGUUGGCCCACUUGGCUUAAUCUUAUCUCAGAGUAUCUCAAAGCUUCUAUUUUUGUUAACAAAAGUAAAAACAAAAAAAGGUAAACAUGAAAAUGACACUAUAGAACCUUACUUUGCAUUGCUAGUCAGCUUGAUGUUUCCACUGCCUAAUCAUCUUCUGUUUUUUAAGGGGUAUAUAUAAUAUUUGCUUAGUAAUUCAAAAAUGCUGAGAAGAGACUUUUAUAAUCUAUUUUCUUACAAAGUUCUGUGUUUCUUUGUAAUGUUAAUGUCUUUUUCUGUGUUUUCACCCUCUUUUUACAAAAGCUCUACUGAUGGUAUAUGCCUCUUUAUUCAUUUACUAAAGUCCCAUUUUUUAUUACAGUACAUUUAUUCUUCCUCGUGCAAUAUCCUUCGAAUCACGCAACUUUACAGCUCUUCUGGAAUAAUGUCAUCAUGCUGCAUGGUGCACUGCUUUCUCACACCUAAACUUUCCCCCACUUAACUGAAGAAGCCUUUUAGAGUACCGCUGUUAUUCCAAAGGCUGAUUUGCACAUCAUCUUCUGCCUUAAUCCUUUUCAGAUUCAACCUAGUCACUAUAAAUGGCAAUUCUCCAUUGAAAAUCUCUUUCAGUGUUGGACUAGGCCUAAUCGGUCUGAAAAAUAAUCCAAAGAAAAACUAUGGUAGCUCAUUGUUGUAUUUCAUUACUGAUCACUUUCUCCAUUCCUGAGACUUUCAGGCCUCUUUAUCUCUAAAAUGCAUAUACCAUCAGCAAGCUUAACACUCUCAGUCUUAUUUAUGUUUAUUUUCCGGUGGAAUAGCCAAGCUUUAAGAAUGCAUUUGUUACUGUUAAAAUUGUCACAUAACUUAACUUCUUUUUGCUGAUUUUUUUUUUUUUUUUUUUUAAUUUUUUAUUCAUUGCUCUUUUUUCACUUUGUCUCUCCUAGUGGCUAAUUGUUACACUUGGAGCAUAACAGCAGCAUUAAGCACUUUGUGUUUUCAGUACCUCAUGAGCCCGUAGAAGUCAGACAAUUAAUAAAUUCAAAAUCAAAACAAUCAUGUCUCAGUGUUUUCUUUCACUAAAACAUCUAAGUAAUGAAUAAAACACAAUGUAAUGUAAUAGCAAAAUAAUCAGUGACGGUACCAAACAGCAUGUACCAACGUGUUUUAUUCCUCUUAUACUACAACUUUUUAUCUGUUUAUAGUUGUAGUGGUUUGCAAAAGUAUUCAACCCCCUGGAAUUUAUCAGAUUUGUCUGAAUAAUAAAUGAUUAAUAUACAUAUUCUUCCUGUUAGUAUAUUCACCCAACUUGUAUCU